UCCAUUUUUCAACCAAAUUCCCAAUUUCAAAAUCUUUACUCAAUCAACCGAAGUACAAAUGCCAACUAUUUAAUUGGGGUCGAAGGUGUUUGCAACGUAACAGGAGUAAACAUCAAAAUUACAUUACCAAAUUCAAAAAUUCCCUCCAAAACAACAAUUGAUUUCUUCGCUCCAUUUUAUUUUAGGCAAAGAUGAGUCCAGAGAUGCGGGUUCGCGUAUUAGGCUUCCUAAUCGAAUCUGCUCACACACUAGAAGUUUCUCCGAUCGUCAAAUACUCCGCUUUGUCACUCUUCGCUGAUCGAUUUUGCCGAUCUCUCUCCAGUUUUAGGGUUGCCAAAGGAAGCGGAAACUGGCUAUUACAACCAAUUAGGGAAAGCAAUCUGCAACUGUUUGCGCUUAUUUCAAUAUGGAUCUCCAGCAAAAUACAUGAUUCUGGUCCAAUAUCUGUCAAACGAUUGAAGUCUUUGGGUGACAAGACAAUUCAGGAGCAACAUUUUACAAUUCGUGACUUUCUGGAAGCAGAGGUGGUCUUGUUGCAGGUACUGGAUUUCGACAUUGGUACAUUAAAUACUGCUUUCAUAUUCCUUAAAGAUCUUAUCAUUCAGUUUAAGGGAGUUGCAAAAGUUGGUGAACAAGUGAACUUUGAAGCAUGUAUGGAUAUUAUGGAUAUUUGCUAUGAAAAAGAGCAGACAUCAAUCCUCUUCAGUUCCCCCAUUUCACUUGCUGCGUCUAUUUUGGUCGCUUCAUAUGUCAUAACAACUCCUGAACAGAGGUGGGAAUUCCCUGUUAUUCCUUGGGUGAAGUUUGUCACCUCUUGCAAAGAAGCUGACAUUGCAGAGAAUGUCAAGGACAUUCUAAAGCACAUCUUCGGAACUGCUACAGAUAAGUAAAUAACUUGGCGAAUGCAAAGCGAACACUUGUUUCUGGUGCAUGAAAUGCUUUUGCAGGUACUCCUUCCGCACACCAGAAAAACUCUGAUCACUUGUAUAUCUUUUCUCUUGUCAUAAUCUCUAUAUUUUAAGUGGACUUUAAAGGCAAAAAAAAGAAAAUGAUAUUAAAGACAUAGUAAAGUAAACCCACAAUUUAAUAUGGUGAGAUACAAGGUCCACCACACGCCUAUAAAAUCCAAUUUGAUAUGAUUCUGGUGUUUGCAAGUCGAUAGCAGUAUAUUAAUGUAAUACUGGCUGUGGGUCCGUUGUUAUAUGCGCUUGUACUUCUGUAGAUAGCAGGAGAAAAGAUCUCUGUAUUUCUGAAAACAAGACAAUGGCAAAUUUAAGAUUACAAUUUCUUCCAUAAAUUCAGCUUAGUGCACGUGUGCAUUUUGGUAAAGCCAAAGCAUGAGCUAUCGAGAUGUACACAAGUACUGAUCUGCAUUCAAAACAUUUUUUUAUUUUGUAAUUUAAAUAUCUAGCUGUUUGUACUUUCAUUAUUACUGCAAUUCACUUUUAUGUUCUAAAUUUUAGUACUAGGAGUUAUAGGGGGACCUCUCUCGGCUUUUAUUA